AUGCGGGUCUACUACUUCGCCCUCGCCCUUUGUGCCGCUCUUGCUGGUGUGACCAUUACUGCGUCGGAACCGGCCGAAUCGGCCAUUCCCCUGGGCAGCGUUCACGACGCCGCUAAGCAUCAAGACGGCGUCCAUUUCGAACGGUCGCUGAUGGCGGCUGAAGCUACCAAUCACGAAGCCAGGUCGCCUGUGGGAGAAGACCUGAUGCUGGUAGUCGAGCCGAUGGCACCGAAAGUCAAGUCAUGGGCUGAACGCUUCGCGCAACUUGUGACGAAUCUUCGGUUGCGUUGGGAAGUCAAGGCGUUGGCUAAACAAAUUCGAAGACAAGCAGUGACGAAGGAAGACCCUAAUUACAGUGCUGAUUUUUUGAUACGUCUGAUGACAGCAGAGCAAGCGGAUGGCUUGGCUACGUUGUACAUGAAAGAAGGCAAAGGAGACACACCCGAAGUAGCGCUAGCCAAUGUCCUAGCGGGCACCUAUGGCGAUGAGGCAAUGGUUCGGGCGCUUAUCACCCAUUCUUUCGCUCGUGAGUCUGUCGAAGGAAUGGGCGUGGGGAGAGUACAAAGCGCAAUGAUUGCGCGUUGGGAAGCGGGGGACUGCACACUGGAAACGAUGAUCAAAUGGAUUCUCGGAGUUGAUUCGCAUUUUCCAGACCAUCAAUUCUUUAAUCCUGUUGUCUUCAAACUCUUGAGCGCUGCUGGUUCAGCCAGCUCCCCCGACGUCGUGUACAAAGCCUUGUUUAAGCAUUUUGGAAACGACGUACGCCGAUUUGCAGAUGUUCUUGAAGCCGCGGAAAGCAGAGACUUUCAUGAUCAUAAAGCUGUCAGGGAAUGUGCUAGGUGGCUGGAAUCUUGGCAGAAAGUGAAUCUCAACGGGGCAGCUAUGAUUUAG